AUGAACCAAGAAUAUCCGAUCGUAACUGAAAAAAAUCAAGAAGAAUUAAAUGAAGAUGCAAAAAUUAGAGAACUUUGGAUGAAAAAUAUUUGUGAUCAUGAUAAACACGCAAAAUUUAAAACUAAAGAAAUUUAUGAUUUUAUUAUCGUGGGAGCUGGUACUGCUGGAUGUGUACUUGCCAGAGAAUUGAUUCAUGGUAUUCCAAAUAUUAACAUUUUAGUAUUGGAAGCCGGAGGUCCUGAUGUUCAAUCCAAUGGUUUAAUUAAUUUACCAUGUACUUGGUUUAAGGCUUUCCAAUUUGAUGACCAUGAUUGGGGAUAUGUUGCUCAGGGACAGAAAUUGCGAAGCUUUGUAAAUCCUGCUAAAGAAAUAACAAGAAAAAAGAUGCCUUAUCCUCGCGGAAAGGUUUGGGGAGGAUGUAGCUCUUUAAAUGCAAUGGUUUACAUGCGAGGUCAAGCGAAAGGGUACAAUGAUUGGGCAGCUCAAGGUCCUGAAUACAAAAUCUGGGAUUGGGAUCAUUGUUUGGAAGAUUGUCAUAAUGGGAUUUACGAUAUUAUGUCAGGUUUUAUUGAUGCUGCAAAAAGUCUUGGAAUUCCUUAUAAUGAAGAUUUCAACGGUGUGAGACAAAAUGGUGUUGGAACAAGCCAGUUUACAAAUCAAGAGGGAAGAAGAUGUUCUUUAGCUGAAAGUUAUUUAAAAGAUGCGUUAAAAAAAGUCGAAUUACAUUCAGGUUCAGGACCAUAUGGAAUUGGGAAAGUUGUUGCCGUAGAUAUUAAAUCAUAUGCUCAUGUAUUAAAUAUUAUUUGGGACGAAGAGAAUAAAAAUGAAAAUGUUGCAAUCGGUGUAAAAUACUUUUGCAAUGGUACAGUGCGUGAGGCUUUUAUUGCUCCGAAAGGUGAAUUAUUGAUGCUUUCUGGUAUUGGUCCGAAAGAAAAUCUUGAAGCAAAUAAUAUAAAAGUACGUAAAGAACUGCCAGUUGGAAGAAAUUUGUGGGAUCAUCCAUGCUGUAUGUCUAUUGCAAAAGGAGAUCCAGAUGUAAUGCACCAUUGGAGUAGUGGAGGUGAAGUUGGGAUAAUUCAUAAAGCCAACGUUGAAGGAAAGAUUCCUUGCAAAGAUGACUUUUUUGACGAGAAUCCAGAUACGCAACAUAUUGAACUUAAUAGCAAAAAUCCAUUCGAUCAACCAAGAAUACAUUUAAAUUAUUUUGAAAAAUCUGAUGAUUUAUAUAGAAUGAUCAGUUCACUUAAAUUAUGCCGUGAAAUAUUUAAGCAGCCACCAUUGAGUACUGUUUAUAAUGUUAAGGAAAUUGGGAUAAAAGAUGAAUUCGGUCAUUUGAGUACCAACGGGGAUGAUAUUAGUGAUGAAGAUUGGGAAAAAUAUGUUGUUGAAAGGGCAUCUACAACGUUUCAUCCAUGUGGAACAGUAAAAAUGGCUCCAGAAUCUAAAGAUGGUGUAGUUAAUCAUCGACUUCAAGUUUAUGAUACGAAAAAUCUUCGAGUUGUUGACGCUUCGAUAUUUCCAUAUAUUCCAAGCGGAAACACUAAUGCUCCCACAGCUAUGGUUGCUUGGAAAGCGA